AUGGCUUUCCCUAGAAAUACCUUCCUCCCGAUGGAGGAUGAUGGCAUUUCUCUCGACAUGUUCGAUCGCGAGCUAUUCGCUCAGCUUGGAGAGCAGGAUCCUCAGCCUGUAGUCCUUACGAGAGGAGGUCUUGUGGAUCGGUUUAUGGAAGAGUCUGUGUCUCCUGAGUCACCGGUGCUAGGGCAGUAUUCCAGUUCACCGGAGACAUCAUUCCAGUCGAGUCCAUUACUGCGGUACUUCAGACCCAGUCGGCCUCGAAUCGCUUCAACACCAGGCCUCUCUGAGUAUCAGUAUGCACCGGCUUCCACAAACGAGAGGUCAGAAGAUAGUUCACCGAGCAGGAAAAUGUCAUCAUCUUCCCCUUCAUUACCUCGUCAGAUCUCGUUCAGUCAUGCUCCUCCCGUCGUCCAGGGUAUUCGUCUUAUUGAAACCAAGCAGCUCCCAGAUCGUUUCCGUGCACUGUUCCCCUACCCACUCCUCAACGCUGUGCAAUCAAAGUGCUUUCCACAUGUUUAUGAAAAUGAUUACAAUGUUGUCGUGUCUGCGCCUACGGGAAGCGGUAAGACUGUUAUUAUGGAACUUGCCGUAUGCCGUCUCGUGAACAAUCUGAAAGAUGGGUUGUUUAAACUCGUGUAUCAGGCUCCAACAAGGGCUUUGUGUUCGGAAAGGUUUCGCGAUUGGUCUAAGAAGUUUGCGUCCUUGGGCCUACAGUGUGCCGAAUUGACUGGUGAUACUGAUUAUGCCCAGUCUCGACUGGUGCAGACUGCCAGUAUUAUCAUCACCACGCCGGAGAAAUGGGACAGUAUGACAAGGAGGUGGAGAGAUCACUCAAAGUUGAUGCAACUGGUGAAACUGUUUUUGAUUGAUGAAGUGCAUGUCCUCAAUGAGACACGCGGUGCCGCCCUUGAGGCUGUAGUAUCUCGAAUGAAAUCUGUCGGCUCAAAUGUCCGUUUCAUCGCUUUGAGUGCCACCAUACCAAAUUCAGAGGACAUUGCUACCUGGUUGGGCAAGAAUGAUAUGUUGCAACAUCUUCCUGCUCACAAGGAACAUUUCGGUGAGGAUUUUCGUCCAACAAAGCUUCAAAAAUUUGUCUACGGUUAUCCCUGCACAGGGAACGAUUUUGCUUUUGACAGAUUACUGGGUUCAAAGCUUCCUGAGAUCAUCUCCAAGCAUUCAAAUAGGAAGCCAAUGAUGAUUUUUUGCUGCACGAGAAACUCCGCUAUUUCUACUGCGAAAGAACUCGCGAAGCUUUGGUCAAACACAAUUCCUCAGAGACGGCUCUGGGCUGGACCGGUGAGGAUGCCUGCCGUCAAGAAUACUGACCUGAAAGCAUUCGUGGCCUCCGGUGUUGCCUUUCAUCAUGCUGGAUUAGACAGCGAUGACCGUCAUGCUGUCGAAAAAGCUUUUCUCGAAGGCAAAAUUAGUAUUAUUUGCUGUACAUCAACACUUGCUGUCGGUGUCAACCUUCCUUGCUACCUCGUUAUCAUAAAGAAUACGGUCUGCUGGCAGGAAGGUGGUUGCAAGGAGUACACUGACUUGGAAAUGAUGCAAAUGCUCGGUCGUGCCGGUCGUCCUCAGUUCGACGACACUGCAGUUGCUGUCAUACUCACAAAGAAGGAACGUGUUUCGAUCUAUGAGCAAAUGAUAUCAGGCACGAUGCAACUAGAGAGCUGCCUACAUUUGAAUCUUAUUGAUCAUUUGAAUGCGGAGAUUUCCUUGGGCACAGUUUCGGACAUUCAGAGUGCUGUCAAGUGGCUUGCCGGGACAUUUCUUUUCGUGAGACUUAGGAGAAACCCUACUCGAUACAAACUGAAAGAAAAUGCGGAUCGCAGAGAUGAGGAUGAGAUGUUGCAACAAAUAUGCGAAAAGAACGUGAAACUUCUGCAGGAUGCCGAACUUGUUGUCAGAGGAGGUGCCUUCAAAUCUACGCCGUGGGGGGAAGCCAUGGCGAGAUACUACAUCAAGUUUGAGACAAUGAAAAUCAUACUGGGACUCCCUCCAAGAACAAAAACUUCAGAGAUUUUGUCUGCAAUAGCCCAAGCGGAAGAAUUUCACGAACUCCGUCUCAAAGCAGCGGAACGCCCUUUUUACAGGGAACUCAAUCGUGCUCAUGGGAUCAGAUUCCCCAUCAAAGUCGACAUGGCUCAGAAUGCUCAUAAGAUCUCCUUGCUCAUACAAUCCGAACUGGGUGCAGUUGACUUCCCAGCUGCAGAACAAUUCCAGAGACACAAACUGCAGUUUCAACAAGAUAAAGCAAUUGUUUUCAAUCACAUUAAUCGUCUUAUCCGUUGUAUCAUUGACUGUCAGAUCCACAAGGAGGACGGAGUUGCUGUGAGGAACUGUCUAGAACUUGCGCGGAGCUUUGCUGGUCGGGUCUGGGAAAAUUCACCGCUUCAAAUGAAACAGAUUGAGCAGAUUGGUGUCGUCGCGGUCAGAAAAUUAGCUGGUGCUGGUAUUACCAGUAUUCAAGAAUUGGAGGAAACAGAAGCGCACAAGAUCGACAUGAUUCUGAGCAAGAAUCCUCCAUUCGGUAUGAAACUCCUCGCGAGGCUUGCCGAGUUUCCAAAGCUACGUGUGACUAUCAAGAUGUUGGGCAAGGCGAGCAAGCACGGACGUGCGCUCAGAAUCAAUUUCAAGGCCGAGAUAGGAUUUUUGAACGAGAAGACUCCAACAACCUUCCAUAAGCGGCCAGUAUAUGUUUGCUUCGUAGCAGAGAUUUCUGAUGGCAGACUCGUGGACUUUAGACGCUUGAGUGCUCAGAAACUUCAGAAUGAUCAUGAAAUCCUGUUAAGCGCGGAGAUCAAAAGCCCAUUGCAGUACAUUACAUGUUAUGUCAUGUGUGAUGAAAUUGGUGGUACAUGUCAAUAUGCAGAAUUGAAGCCUGAUGUGUCGGAUUCGUUCUUCUCUGGUGACACCUUGGACAAAUCAUCUGAUAGAUUUGCGAUGAACACAUCCCGGCGCAGAAACGGUACCGGUGGCACUCCAAGACAGACAAAGCCCGCGCGGAACGAGAGCUUUGAAGACGAUGAUAUUCCGGAUGAUGCUUUCCUGGCAGCCGUCGACAACGUCGAUAGCUAUCAGUCCCAACAGCGAAGCUCAGUUAACACAGCUUCACGUCAGAGUCGAAAGAGGGAACGAGGUCUAAAUGAACAUCACGAGGACAUAGACAAAGUACAGCCAAUCAUGCUUGAGAAUGGGAAAUACAACUGCAACCACAAAUGCAAAGAUAAAUCAACGUGCAAGCACGUCUGUUGUCGCGAAGGCCUCGACAAGCCCCCAAAGCGAACGAAAAGCAAUCAAAUGAACAUUCUAUCUUCUUUUGAGACAGUUGAUUAUUUAGAUCUCACUCAACCCAGCAAAUCAGAGCAGCCCACGAAACAGAUAACGAUUGAUCGUCGUCUCGUUGAUUCGAAAGCGACACGAAUGGUUAAUCUUGACUUUGCGUCAUCUCAGGCAACAAUACCCAAGGCUACCAUCUGUAAAACGGUUGGAAAUAGGAAACGUUCAAACACUCGUCGACGACAUUCAUCCAGUGAGUACGAUAACAGUAGCGUGGAUGAGUAUUUCUCUCCAACCAUGCCUGCAUCGAAUAGUAUGGACAACUCAGAUUCGCCCACGGUAACCACGGCUCUUGGGUUGGACGAUAACUUUGAACGCAUUAUGGAUGCAUCCAAUGGGGGCCUGUCGGAAGAUAAUAUUCAGAGUGAUGUCCAGAGUCCAGCGGCGAAGAGACAACGGAGUGCACUCCCAACCCAUGAAUCCAAAUCUGUCUCGUUCGACGAAGAAAAGUCACCAACACGUCUAUCGAACAAAAAGAACUUGAAAUCAGGACCGGAUGGGGUCUUGGUGAAGAGAAAGAUCGAGCCACUGAGUGACGCAACGAACGUCGGCAUCAAUGCUCCGAAACGUCCUAAAGCUGAUACAACGCAGCCCUCGGCCGAAAGUAUUAAGAAUGCAGCAAGUCAUGAUGAUCCAUACUCAAUCGAAGAAUUGCGGUCUCAAGAAAUGGAUCAGCCUGAAUCUCGAGAUGAGAAUAUUGAUGAAAUGCUGUUACAAGAGUUUGGAGAUAUCGUCAAUUUCUCCGCGAUGUGA